AAAGCUAUAGUGAAUAUACCUCUGAUAUUGACUAUACUUCUGAUCAUGAUGUUCAAGUUGGUGUUGAAUUCUCCACAAGUAUAUUUAGAAGAAAAGCAAAAGAAAAUUUUGUAGCAGAAUCUAAUACAAAAAAGAUUCAAGUAAAUUUUUCUAAGCCAAAUAAAGUUAGUAAAAAG